AUUUUGUUGUGACAUAACCAAAACUGCCAAUAGCAACACAGCGGUUAGGUAUCUUAUAAAAUCUCCUUUCUUAAAUAAAACAAUAUGAAUUUACAAAAGGUUUUACAACCUGCUGUGUUAAUAACACAAACAGUGCGUGGUUAUGGCAAACACAACAAAAAAUAUCUAUACAAAGAUGGAAAGAAAUAUGGAAAAGUCAUUUACUAUCCCAUGAACCCUGAUCACGAGGAUCCACCAAUUGAACCAGCAAAACUAUUCCGUGUGCAACGUGUUAAGCCCUUUAAAGGCAAUCCUUAUUGGGAGAAACGUAUUCUCAAAGAUCUCGGUCUGGAUGGAAAACAAAGCGAUUUCACGGUAGUAAAAAAUAUACCAGACGUGAAUGCUUUACUGUGGAAAAUAAAGCAUUUGAUUAAAGUUACACCUGUUACCUUCCCUUACGGUGAGCCAACCGCAAAUGAUUUGAAACACACAAUACUCAAGGAAAAUGGUGAAUGUAUUGUAACCAAAGAAAUUGGUCCCGUCAUUGAACGGUUGGAAGCAGCCGAGGUAUUUGAAUCAGAUCCCAAACGUUUAGACACUGAUUUAUUAAAACGCGAUUCACGAAUGAAAUGGCUCAAUCCAUGGUAGUAAAAAAAAUUAUUUUUAUAUUUAAUUACACAUUUAUGCAGUAACUUUAAUACAUAUAAAUGAGAACUU